AUGGCGUACGGAGGUGGUUCUAGUGGAAAACUUCCAAGUGAUGAUAUUGGUUGGAAAUUUGGAAUUCCACUAGAAAAUAAUAGGCAUAAAAUUAGGUGUAAAUUUUGUGGAAAAGAGCUAAAUGGUGGUAUAACUAGGUUGAAGCAACAUUUGGCCCAUAUGAAAGGUCAAGUCGCACCUUAUGCUAAUGUCAGUGGUGAAGUUCGAACACUAAUGAUGGAUCAUUUGAAUAAUUAUAAGGGCAAAAAACUUGACAAAAAGAAGAUGAAUGAGGAAUUGACAGAACAAAUUAGAGCCAGUCAGUGUGAUGAUGAUGAAAAUGAUGAGGAGGACUUAGAAAUGGUUAUGACCCGACAAAAUAGGGCUAGUGAUAUUGAGGUUGCACCUCCUCCUGGUUUUGCUCGGCGAAGUCAUACUGUUCGUGAGGCUAGUACAGACAUAGAUGUGGAUCUUCAUAGGACCAAAGGCAACAAACAACCCAAACUCUCCUCUAGAUUCUUGAAAGAAGCAAAGAAAAAAUUAGGAAGAGCAGUAAGCCAGUUUGUAUUGUUCACUCCAGUGCCUACUAAUGUUGUUAAUUCUAAAUGGCUAGAACCAAUGUUGGAUAUUGCAAGAGAGGUAACUGAAGUGUAUUUACCAAUGGAGUAUGAAGCUUUACAAAAUUGGAUAAAAUCUCAUAAUUCUAGUUGGGCUGAGAGAGGUGCUACAAUUAUGUGUGAUGGAUGGUCUGGGCCCACAAGAAAGCACAUUGUUAAUUUUCUUGUGUAUAGCAACCGUGGAACAAUUUUUCAAAAGUUUGUGGAUGUAACUGAUGUACCCAGUAGGAUAGCUGAUUAUUACUUGGGCCUCAUGGACAAGGUAGUGGAUGAAAUUGGAGAAGAAUAUGUUGUGCAAAUCGUAACUGAUAACGAAGCUGCGAUAAAGGCUGCUGGUUACAAACUCAUGCAAAAAAGGGAGAAUCUGUAUUGGACAGGAUGUGCAGCUCAUUGUAUUGAUCUUAUGUUAGAGGAUAUUGGAAAGAAAAAAAGUGUAGCAAAGGUGUUGGAUUGUGCAAAAGUAAUCACACGAUUUAUUUACAACUCCAAUUGGGUCGUUGAUUUCAUGAAGAGAUUCACAGGAGAUAGAGAGUUGUUACGUCCUGUCAUCACACGCUUUGCCACCAAUUUCAUUACUUUGGAAAGCAUUGUUAAACAUAAGACUGCUUUACAGGAUAUGUUUCAUUCUCAAGAGUGA